AGGGACUCUGUCAAUAUUAGCCUGCAACUCCCUCCUAUAUAGGAGUGCCAACCAUCGCAGUUUCUCACACUCUUCCUUCGCUCUCCACACGGAUUGGCACUGCUCUCCCUACAAGAUGGCAUUUCUUCAGAUUUCUCGAGUGACUGGCAUUCUCUUGCUCGUGGGCGUCACAGCCCGUGCAGCCUUGCUUCCUUCCGGUUCCGAGGUACUGACAGGUGACACGGGCGGUUCCUUCAGCUGCGAGGGGCGUGGGUAUGGGUAUUUUGCCGACAUGCAGUCCGGGUGCCAGCUCUUCCACGUGUGUGUGCCAGUUGCUGAUGCUGAGGGACAGGUACAAGACACCCUCCACUUCCCCUUCUUCUGCGGCAACCAGACGAUCUUCAACCAGGAGACGCUGACUUGCACCCUUCCUGAAGACGCUUUCCCUUGCGACCAGGCCCCGUCUCUCUAUGACGUCAUCAACUCUCGCUUUGGGGACGCGUCCGAACCGAGUGGGAGUGACUUGGGUUUCCAGAACGGGGUUGGGUUCCAGGAGGACCUUGGAUUCCAGGGUAACAGUGGAUUCCGGGAUAACACUGGAUUCCGGGAUGAUACUGGAUUCCAGGAUAAUCUUGGAUUCCAGGACGAGCUUGUAAUUCCUAGUGAGAGCGGAUUCCAGAAUGGCCAAGGCUUCGAAAACGAAUUGGCGUUCGUGUAAAAACCGGAACGCGACGAUUAAUAUUAUAAACAUUAUUGCUCAAUCUUAUAUGCAGGUUUUUUUGUUUUGAAUUAUGCUCAACUAAUCUUAAAAUAUAUCUUUGUUG